AUGCCUACAAGCUCUAUAAUGCUAAGCAAAUCUAAAGCUGGGUUAAGAACGUCUGGAGACAGUUUGUUUCCCUAUCUACCAUAUUAUCUAAUUGGUUUAAUUUUCUUACAAACGGCUUUUGGUUUGAUUGAAUUAUCGCACCCAGAUAACUCCAUACCAGUGAACCGGUUUGUAACUCCGCUUCAUAUCGUACCUGAAUGGUACUUUUUAGCAUAUUAUGCGGUGUUAAAAGUAAUCCCAUCCAAAACCGGUGGUUUGUUAGUAUUUAUGUUAUCAACAUGUCAAUGA